AUGCCAGUCUCUCUACUUGCAGGUCUCAUUCGCAUUGUGGCCUUCAUCUUCACUCUGGUUGCCCUGUGGGUCUUUCUCCGCAGCUACAUCAGCUUCAGCAGGAAAACCAUCCGUCUGCCACGCUGGCUGGGGGUGCCCUCCAAGGAGAUCCGUGCCCCGAAGACCAAGUGUGGGCUCAGCAAGCCCUGCCUAGACAACUUCUUCGCAUUUAAAAUCAGCAGUGGGGCUGCCAAUGUCGUGGGCCCCUCUAUGUGCUUUGAAAAUGAAAUUAUCAUGAGUCCAGUGAGAAACAACGUGGGGAGAGGCCUGAACAUUGCUCUGGUGAAUGGAACUACAGGACAGGUGCUGAGAAAGGGCAGCUUUGACAUGUACUCUGGAGAACCCAAACUCCUGAUGAACUUCCUUGAAGAAAUUCCAGAUAGCACGCUGGUGCUGGUGGCCUCCUAUGAUGACCCAGGCACCAAAAUGAAUGACAAAAUCAGGAUGAUCUUCUCCAACCUGGGGAGUUCCUAUGCAAAUCAGCUGGGCUUCCGGGACAGCUGGGUCUUCUUAGGUGCCAAAGACCUCAAGAAUAAAAGCCCCUUUGAGCAGUUCUUAAAGAACAAUCCAGAAACAAACAAAUAUGAAGGAUGGCCGGAGUUACUAGAGCUGGAGGGUUGUGUGCCACGGAAGGUAUUUUAGGGUGGCCAUGGACCUUUCAGGCCAGGGAGCCAAAGAAAUGCCCAACUGACUUGAGAGCGGAGCCCAGGAUUGCUGGAUCUGUGCUGAUAGGAGCUGACUAGGAGGAAGAAAGGGAGAAGCCAUAUGAGAUGCGCUGACCAUCCUCCCACACAAUGUGACUUACUUCCUCUCUGAGGAAACAACAGCCUCCCACUACCCCACAAGGACCAGCUUGGAGAUGGGCCCCUGCACAGGGCCUGUGGAACCAGCUGUGAGGGAGACAAGUGAGACCUUCCAAAACUGUCCGUGGUUGUCUCCAGAAGGACUGGCUGCCUACA